UUGAUCGCGCACACAGACGAUUAUAAAAAGCUACCCUCGCUUGGACGGUGAACACCUCGAACGUUGGCCUCAGCGAUAUCUCUCAUCAGUCAGUGCACACUGCAUGCGAUGAUGCUGGUGGCUUUCUACUUGACCGUGCUCAGUCGACUUUUUACCGGAGCCACAUCUUCUCCAUUUCCCGGUGAUGCUGCUCCUCGGAGACCCUUCUACAUCGGUGGAGUGUUCCCGAAAUUCAAUGACCCUGCGUAUGACCUCUUACCAGCGACUGUGCAGACGGCCAUAGACCAUGUGAACAACAUGACAGGUCUGCUUGAUGGAUAUGAGCUGAGACUGAGAUGGGAGUGGACAAACGGUGGAGCGGCCAGAGCGUUGCAACUUCUCAACACGUUCGUCUACACGGAGCCACACGUUGUGAUGACGUGGGGGCCUGCACUAUCCAGCGAAGCCCUGGUGCUGAACGAGGUUGCGGCUCAAUACAACCUCGUACAGGUUGGCCUUGCGAACUCUCCAGCCCUCGGCCAGGGUCAUAAAUACCCGCUCACGCUGCGGAUUUGGGAGGAAGAAAACGAGGUUAACCCGGCAAGGGUCGCCCUGAUGAAGAGGUUGAACUGGAGCAGGUGUGGGAUGAUAUUUGAAGAGUCCACUUUCAGACAGCACUUUGAAGACUUGGCGGAGUUGUUGCGUCAAUCCAAUAUCACUGUAGCUGCGAUGGAGGUCGUCCACGACGUGACGCAAUCACAAGAGCAGAUUAGGAGUCUCCAGCGCCAUGACGUCAGGGUUAUAUUCAUUGGAUUCUACGCAGGGGCAGCUAAGCGCCUCUUCUGUCAGAUCUACCAUCUUGGUUUAUGGGGCCCAAAAUACGUAUGGAUCGUUCCCGGCUGGUACCCGGCCGGAUGGUGGUUGACAGUCACCAGAGAAAACCACGGUUGCACGGCUGAACAACUUGACGAGAUGUUGAUAUACCACCUCUUUGUGAGCGGUGUUCAAGUAAUCGAUAAAUUGGACGAUAUCGACUACCACGGUCUUAAACCCCAAGACGACCCGACUCAACGGCAGUACCUCAAAUGGCUGAGGAUGAAGAGCCUCUUGGAUAAUAACUGGGCAACGCUCGGGUACGCGUAUGACGCGCUCUUCGUCAUUGCCUUGACGUUCAAUGCGUCCAUUGCUGACCUUGCCGAGAUGACUCCACCCCGACGGCUGGACGACGAUGUAUAUGAGGAUGAAGAGAUUUCUAAGAUUUUCCGACGCAACGCUGAAACCAUUGACGUGUAUGGUGUCACGGACCAUCUUGUGAUAAGUCAAGACGGCGCUCGGGUCUUCACAGAAUAUGUUUACAUCGAACAAAGUCAAGAAAAUGGAUCUUACGCCAAGGUGGCUAGAUUUAACACAGCGAAUUCAACAGUGUCUCUACUGGAUGGACGGACACUCCUCUGGUCAGGAAAGGGUCCACCAGUAGACGGGAUCACGGAGAUUGAAGAACCCAUUACGAUCUCUCUGGUCAACCGACUGGUGUCGUACGUACUUUCUGCAUUCGGCUCACUCCUCUCGCUGUAUUUCGUGACGAUUAAUAUUCGAUAUCGAAACCAAAGGGCUAUUAAACUGUCGAGUCCAAUGUUGAAUAACUUCAUUGUGUGCGGUUGUCUUCUUCUCUAUGCGGCUGUCUUUCUGUUUGGCCUCGACAGGUCGACUAUGAAUGAUGACGUCAUCGUCGGGCUGUGCUUCGUGGAGACAGCAUUAAUCUGUGUUGGUAUUUCGUUAGCAUUCGGAGCUCUGUUCCUAAAAACCUACCGAAUACACCUUAUAUGGACAAACUCGAUGAAGCAUGCAAAGAGAAUGGAGAUUCCUGACUCUAAACUGAUGGCUGGAGUAGCAGCAAUGGUAAUUGUUGACGUCAUCUGUAUCUUGUUAUGGAUUCUGCUGGACAGAACGACCGUACAAAAGUUUUACCUGGAGUCUAAGCUAGAUGAGACAAAUCCUGAGUUGGAGCUGUACAUAGUACCAGUAUACAGAGAGUGUCUAUCAGAUAACCAGAUUGUGUUUACUAUGGCAAUCUACUCUGUGAAGGGUCUGGUCAUGCUAGGCGGCAUCUUCCUAGCCUGGGAAAUGAGACGAAUCACAGUGGCUGAACUGAAUGAUAGUCACUUCAUUGCACUGUCAGUUUACGUAGUCGCCUUAACCAUGGCUAUUACCAUUCCCACCCUGUACGUGAUCAAGGAGAAUAGAGAGCUGUAUUUCGGCGUUAGGUCUGUCGCUAUUGUGCUGGCCAACACCACUGUGCUGUGUCUAGUCUUUGUCCCAAAGAUAACGUUAUUUUUCAAGACGAAAGACGGCGAGUUAAAGCUCCAUUUCGGUAACAAAGAUCAAAGCACGGGGUCGAAUCUCCCGGCAGCAUCUACCCUUAAUCACGGCCCGGGACAGGGAUCGAGGUUGAUGCAAACUUUAGUCAAGAGACAUCGAACGCUGUUCGAGUUAGUGUCAAAACUGAAGGCACUCGAAGCAAUUCAAGUUAAAGCGCUACGAUCGAAAACGAGCAACGGUAAGCAGAGCCAUGAAAUUGGGCCCACAGGUCUGUAAAGAAAGCUCAUGCGUACAUUGAUCCAUUCAGAGAGGCGAGGUCACUGAAUGGAACGACGGAGAAAAGAACUAUUUCUUCCUCCAUGAUGGAACUUUGCAUCUUUAAACUCAUCUUGAAGACAAUUCUCUCCACGAAUGUUUUAUAUAGCAUCUGUAUCUCCGUCAAUUAUAGACGAAACUGUGAGAACAAAUUGUAUUCUGGUAUCCAUUUAGGGUGAUUUAGACAAAUUGGCACAGAAUGCGGUGUUGUGUGGUGUGGUCUAGCAUGCAAUGGUAAAAAAAAAAAUGGGACACAAAUGCACGGUGGUGAACGGCACUGUGUGCAUGUUCUACGAGACGUAGGCUAUACUAAUGGAAUAGUGCAAUCACUAUAAUUUUGUUUUACACACAAUCAUCCAAGUAACUGACUAUACUUGGGUGUUAUUAUAAAUGUGCAUUAUAUUAAGUAUUGUUGUUUUCCACUUUGAAACAGCCGGUGUCAGAUGCAAUUGUGUCCGCCCUGCAAUACUGUCCGCUCCGGACACUUUUG